AUGCCAGCACCUGGUAGUGGAUUUUGCUUAGGUCUCAGGAUGGAUGGCAAUGACAACAUUGCCCCUGCAACCGUUUCCACACUCCCUCUUCACUCAGGUAGAGCCAGGACAUGGCAGCGACAUUCAGCUGUCCCUGUUAGAAACGGGGUCAAGUCCGUACACCUGGACAAUGACAAAGGGGGCGGCACUACUGGAGAGUUCAGCUCUCAUGACAUUACAGGUACUGUACACAUUAAGGCAAAUAACGCAAAGCCUCUCCAGAAUCAACCUCUGACCUUAGCCAUGGAGCCAGGCCCCGUUAUAAAAAUGGGCACAGGGGCGUUGGUUCAGCGAAAAGGAGGGGACACAAAUAAUAGAAAGGAAGUAUCGCCUAAGCAAGAGUUAAAGUCCCCAAUCUCUUCUCUGGCAAGGGAGCAAGCGGUGGCAGUAGGGUCAAUCUCUGAGAGUCAUGGGAAGAGUGAGACCUCUUACAUCCAGCCCAAAUUGAAAAACCUUCAUAGUUCUUCGGACAUUGCCUCGAAACAUGUCGAUACUACGCUGGAAUCUAGGGUCCAUGGGGAGCAUGGGGGUACUGUAGCUGCAGGUGACAGAACUGGCAAGAAACAGAAUGCAUCUAGAAGCCCACGUUUAGCUCGGAAAGCGGUAUCUGGUGUGAAAUACAACAAUUUGCCAGUUGUUUUCAAGAAACCUUCAACUUCGUCCUCGUCCUCAUCAUCAUCCUAUGAGGCAUAUAGCCCUAAACGAAUGAAACCUGGCCGAGAGGAAGAUUCCAAACACUUUGACAGAAUAAAAUUUACCAGUCAUUCUUCAGCCCACCUUCAUCUGACUUCCUGGAAAGACCUUUCUCCAACAGAGUCCAAAACGGACGAUGCUUCUCAUGAUCCAAACAAUAGACGUUCUCGGCCGGAAAGUGGAUAUUUCUCCAACGAAGUCCACAGUGAGUCUCGGGAAGGGAUGGAUGGCUCAAUGUCUGAGGAAAGUGAUCAUGCUGGAACUAUCAAGCACCGACCAAAGAAAAAGGCUGAUGAGAAACUUGAGACAGAGACUAAGAUGAUUGAGGAUAAAGGCGGAGGAGAUAAUAUAGUCAGGGACACUCAGGUCCUUGAUGAUCAAAAGAGUCGUCAGCAGAUGCCUGUGCAGAUUCCCAAAUCUUCCAGAAGUUUGUGUUCCCAGAAGAGCUAUAGUAUGCCAGUGUCUGAGUUUGGCAGUGCAAGACCUCCUGAUCCUCACACAAAACAAACAACACUUAGUGAAGCACCAACUGUGGCUCUCGUAACAGACUCCCCAAAGAGGGAGUUUCACUCAGCCAAAGCUGAGAACUCUGAGUGGGUGGAUAGAAAAGAUCUGAGUUCUUUCACCAGUAUGGACAACAGUGAUAGUAUGGAGCACAGUCAGGAGCAGCCGGCCUCCCAGGAUGAUGGCUCUUCUAAUGGGUACUUCUUUGAUGAGGAUUUCAUUGUCCAGGUGGACGACAAGCUGCACACUUCUAUCGGAGUUAUUCUUCAAGGCUCAUGUGCAUUCAGUCUGGCUGACUCCUUGGCUCCAGGUUUUCAUAUGCAGGGGCCUCAUGAAAACAUUGCUGGCAAACAGCCUUUGCUGCCUCACUCCUUGAAUGAAAGUUGCUCUGAGUUUGGAAACCUCAGGGACUCAUUCUUACAGGACCAGAUCUUAUCUACAGACAGUCUAUCCCGACAUCUGGAGAGUACAGACGCUGAAAUAACAGCCACAACCAGUCUCAGUGGAAGUCGUUCAUCGGCCACAACCGCGGACAUCACCGUGAAAUGUGAACCACACAAAGAUGCUUACUUUCUCUCCUUUGACGGAGGCUCACAAGGCAAGUUUUCUACAACUGAAAGCGAAUCCUCGUAUGUUUCCCAGGCAUCUUCACAAGCUGAUAAAUUAGGGAGCCACUCUGUCAGCUCUGGAGCAGACGCAGAGGAUGAGCACUCUAGCAGUUUCCAGUUUGCCAAUGUCCCACCCAGAGCAGCAGCUGCUUCCUCAGUGGCUAGCAGCGCCGACAGCUGCACAGCUGCUGCCAUCAACGAGGAUCAGGGCGAUGUCAAGGGGCGUAACUGUUUCUACACCUGGAACAUGAAGGGGAGUCGGUAUCCAGGCAGGAUUUGUUUGGAGGCCCUUCAGGAAUACCUCUCCCAGUCGUCGGGCUCCAAAGGCUCUCUGUCACAGAGUGCCGGCUCCCACAAGUUGUCUCCCAUGUGUGCUGCCCUCCUGUCUAGUGGAGAACUGGAGAAACAUUGUGCACCCAAACCUCCUAGUGGGUCCUUCAUCAAAAGAAGUGGGAACCUGACCACCUGGAAGCAGAUCAGAAAUCUGCGAAAUCUAGGCAAGACCAGAGACUUGAAUGUUGAGAAGUCAAAAUCUCUACCAGAGUUGACCACGAACAGGGCAGUAACUGACACCGAGCCAGACACAGAUGAUGCUGAGCAAAGCUUCCACCAGCAACGGCAUUCAUGUUAUAUCCUGGACCUUUAUCAGCGGCUGAGGACCCAGUCGAACCCACCUUCCCCUGACACUCUGGCCCAGAUUGAUAAGAUCCUGCUUCGAGAGGGCUUCUUGAAAGAGGCAGGGGAUUGUGACCAACAGCAACAGCAGAAGAGCUGUUGUCAUAGCACCAAUGCCUCCUGCGACUCUGCUUGUUCUUCUGGUCACUACCCAUUUUACAACAUGUGUGUGCAGCGCAGUGACAUUCUACAAAAGCAUGCCCAACUCCGAGCGGAGAUGGAGAUGAGGCAGAAGCUACAGUUGGACCUGCAGAACACAUCGGCCAGCGGCAACAUGAAGUCAGGCUGUACUCAGACCCUACGUUCCCUGCGGAUGAUGACCUCCAAGGAGACUGACAUGUCACCAAGCACUGUCACAUUGUGGCUGGGAACCAAGAAUUUUUCAUCUCAGUUCCCCACCAAGACUCAAGACUGUGGUCUGCAGACAUCCAUAGAUGACCCUUCCGACCUCCAGCUUUAUCACCAGUCCCAGCAAACAUCCCCGUACACUCCGGAGAAGGACCUGUUUUCCCUCUUGUACGAAGUGUGUGAACGCUACAGCAAGGAGGCUGGACCUAAUGCUGACCCACACAAGGACAUGGCUUCUGAUGGUGAUGUUGGUCAAGGAAUCGGCCAGGCAGAUUAUGGAUUUAGAAACACCAGAGUUAGGGAUAAUACUUUGUCUUCCAACCAAGAUGAAGCUGGAGGAGAGGACUAUGAUCAUGGGCAUGUCAGAAGUUCAGCGAGGCUGCCAGAGAAAGGUGUAUCAGCUAAUCUAAUGCAUAGAGCUGCUUCAGCUAGUGAUUGCCAGAAACUCAAGAUGCGAGAAUCACACCUGUACAGAACUGCCAGUUUGUCUCCCUCACGGAUGGGGAUGAAUACAUAUUAUACGUACCAUUCUCUACCAGAUUUGAGUUUCUUGAAGGAGAAAAGAAAAUCCACUGUCCACGAUGAGUGCAGGGAGCGGUCAUAUGAUCAGAAUCGACCCCAUUCUCCGGAAUCAUCCCUGUUUGAUCCUGUGAAAAUACCCAUAAUCCUGAGUCCGAUUGUCGAUGUUGAGCUUCCGUGUUCUCACUCAUGCAGUCCUUGCCAUUCACACAAUUGCUCCCCCAACCAUACUCGUAAUUGCUCCCCAAGUCAUUCCCAUUCUUGCUCUCCGAGUCAUUCUCGUACAUGCUCUCCGAGCCAUUCACACUCUUGCUCUCCAAACCAUUCUCGAAAUUGCUCCCCCAGUCACUCACACUCCCCAAGUCACUCACACUCUUGCUCCCCUGUACGUCGACAGACCACAUCAUGCUGUGUAUGUCCCUGUUCCCACAGAAGUCAAAGUUCUCCUCCCUCAAAAGGUUCCCCGGAGUUGUCCAGAAAGUCCAAAUCCUUCACCGGGGUUGUCCCAGCCUGCCGAAACCAUACCCAAACCUCCCAUGUUUGUUACCUACAUCACCUCAGUGAUCCAGUCUCCAAACUGCAUGUUGCUGACCACACUGCCACGCCCAUAAGGAGGUGUGCCACAGUCGGGCAGAUGCCUUGUGGCAUAAUGAAGAAAGAACAAUAUCAGAUGGAGAAACCACGCUCGGUCAGCUGCGACAUUAUCAAAGACCACUUCAAGGGGAAUUCUGUGGAAAGGACUGCAGUGAAUCCCCCAGAGAGAGGUGGGCAUGUAGUACACAAACCAAUAGUUACACAGGGAACACACAGGACCAAGCCAUUGUCUCAGUCUCCGUGCUGCUCACGGCUUCAGAAACCAGCACAGGCCAUGCAGAUUGCCAGUUCUGAGACAUGCAUAUCUGAGGACUGUGACAAGACUGGUCAAUGUGCUGAAGUACGAUUGAUCAAGAGAAGGGAGAAUUUGCAUCCUGCCGCUUUUGGCAAAGUUAGUGAUGCUCACAAUGAGUAUGUGAGUGAAGCUAAUACUGGAUCCUACCGUGGAGAUAGAAGUGAGAGCGGUGGCAGUGGGGGUUUCACGCCCAGUGAGGCUAAUACUGGAUCCUACCGUGGAGAUAGAAGUGAGAGCGGUGGCAGUGGGGGUUUCACGCCCAGUGAGGCUAAUACUGGAUCCUACCGUGGAGAUAGAAGUGAGAGCGGUGGCAGUGGGGGUUUCACGCCCAGUGAGGCUAAUACUGGAUCCUACCGUGGAGAUAGAAGUGAGAGCGGUGGCAGUGGGGGUUUCACGCCCAGUGAGGCUAACAGUACAGCUGCUGCCAUCGGGAGUAGUUGUUGUGGUAGUACCAGCAGUGGAACAGAGAAUGGGAACAACCUGUGUGGCAAGUCAGCAUCUUCAACCACCUCGUCAUCAUCAUCUUCAUCUAGAAAAGUGACCAGUGGCCAGUAUGUGGUCAGUUGUUUCUCUUCCACUUCUGCAUCAUCCAUAGUCAGUGACCAGAAGAGUUCCAUUUCAACCUUGGACUCCAAGAGCCAGGAUAGUGACCAGAAAUUUGAGGUAGUCCCAAAGUCCAGGAGGGAUUUUUAUCACAUUAACAACAAAAAUAAUGUAAUGACUAAUGUUAGCAAUAAUGUUAACAACAGGAAAGAUAUUAAAGAAGUCAGUUGUGAAACUGCCAAGCCGAAUGGGACUGUAGUUGAAGAAAAGAACAGAUCUGUCAGUAAAGACAACAGCUUGCCUGGUUCCUCUGCAUCAUCAUCAUACGCCACUGUUGCCAAACCUAAUGUAGCAGAUAAAGGAAUGGGCAUUCCUGAGCAAACAGUUGCCAGAAGAGGAAAUGAGGAUGUUAAGAUCAGCAAAGGUAAUUUGGAGAAAGGGGACAUGGGAGUGGGGUGCCAUGAGCUUUGUACUGAACUUGAUGAAGACAAUGUGGUUGGUAUAGAUGAAGAUGUUGAUGGAUCUGGUGAUUUAGGGUGCCUUGAGGAUUGUGAAUGUGGGACAGAAGACAUCCUAGAUGAAUCUGAAGAAGAUUGUCAGAAUCACAUUGGGCUGCAGACUGCUUCUCCAUUGUGCUGUGACUUUGAUGGAAAAGGAGAAUGCAGUGAUGGAUGUAUACAUGCAGAUGGUGAGGAGGCUAAUGCUCUGGGCAUCAUGCCGGAGGAGUUGGAGCAAAUCCUUUUUCAGCCACCACAUAUGGAAAGUUGCCUGGGGCGGCAGCGGACGAGAAAGAGGCAGAGAAAUAGCAAUGCUGCCACUGGCGGCAGUGAUGGGAUGUGUAGUUUAGAGAAGCUGGAGUGUACAGUGGAAACAAUGGUGGAGUUGGAGGUGAAUAAUCCACCAGAUAUAAUUGAUCAACUGCAGAUUUUUAACUCUCAUGGAGACAUGAAAACUUCUGCUAGUGGGAAUGCAUUACUGGCCAAGCAGAAAAGGGUUAAAACAGACCAGAUCAUGCUGAACGAAGCCAGUGGUAAACAUUAUGAAAAGAAUUAUCAGACAGCAACAGCUGCUGCUGGAUCUAGUCAGGUCAGAAUGAGGAAAGUUGAUAAAGAUUCUGUGAUGAUACAGGAGCGGGGCAGCAGAUCUGACAGACGGGACCACAGACGAAGAUGGAGCACUGGCUCCUCACUGGGCUCCCAGCUGGAUGAUGAUGUGCACUGUCAUGAGAAAGAUUGUGAACAUGGCUUGGUCUGCUCUCACUCGUCUUACGAGGACUUCCUGCCCCAGCACAGCAGCAGUUUGUGCCAUGAUGGGUGGCAUACGACGACAAUGUUGGAGAGCCAGGCCAGCUCCAGGCACCACCAUGGACCUGGCUGUACUGGCCGCCACUCUGUUGCUUGCGAUGGGACCUUGCCCUUGCUGAUGGGGACAGAUGGAUGUCCCUUACAUAACACAGCUGAUGCUUGGUGUACUGUUGUUUCAGAAAUGGUUCAGAGGAGAAGGUUCAAACAAAAGAGUCAUGAUUGUUCCUACUCAUCCACCUUAGCUGCACAGGGCUCCACAACAUCCUCUAUCUCGUCAACAACUUCUGACGAGUCGGCCCGUCUAAGGAGAGUCAGCUUUGCCUCGGAAGUCUCAUUUCAUUCGCCCCAACAGUCUCCGCACUGCUCACCAAAGAAACAAACUGAGAACACUCAGAAGAGCAGGCAGGCUGAAACCAUAGAACUGUCAGGCGAGACUCUGACUUCAUGUGCUCUUGAAGGAGGGAAGAAGAGCUCAUCUCCGGGGAAAACCAGCAUCAAAAGACCAAGAGAACCGGCAGGUCCUCCAGCAGCAGAGACUGUUGUGGAACCGGAGGCUAUACUUCUGGAAAGGAACAAUGUUUUGUUGUUGACAGGGAUCUGCCAGGCUGCCGACUCCAUGCUCAAACAUUUUGCUCAAGCUAAGGACCCUUUUGAGAAGUUGAGACUGGGGAGCUCCGUGGAUACCCCAGAGGUGGCAGCACUGGUGUACUGUGAGCUAUGCCCAGCUGUGGAGAGAGUCAUCGCCCAUGGCAUGAGGGAUUUUGAGACUGGUGUCCACAUUUUUGGCAAGGUGAAACUCUCGCCCUGGAGGCUGGCUGAAAUGACUGCUGAAUUAGGUGAGUCAAUUUUUGUGAACAUACACAAUCUGAUGUUGUUACCAGGUCCCUACACGCGGCCGCUGCAUGACCUGGCCAAGAGUUUGAGGCAGAAGCAGAGUCUGGUUUCCAGCAGGCACAGAUUCUAUGCCUUUGUGGCAGGAUUGCUCAAUCUUAGACUGCUCGAUUUCUGGCUGGGCUACAUCCGCUGUAAAGAGAACCUUAUGCUGAGAGUCUACUUUGAAGAUGCUUGUCUGCGAGCCAGUCUGAAGGGUACACUGGAGCAGUCUUACAGUAACAUGUUGCUGACCCUUCGACCGUUGGCUGUCCUGCCGUUCCAGCUGGACUUUGCCCCAGUGACCACACUUGUCAUGAGUGACAGUAUAACAAUGACAGCAUCCAUGUCCAACAUGGAGCAUUUCAGUUCAAAAGCUUUGAUCUGUCUGUUUAUAUACAUUAUUAUUAUUAUUAUUAACAUGGUUAUCUUGUUUUUUCCUCAGGGCACACCAGUCAGAGAGUUGAACCACCUUGGUGCAUUCAAGAGUAGUGCUGGGCUUGUAGAAGGAAGCUUCACUGAAGGCGUCAACCAGCAGACAGGAACAUCAGCCCCAUUGUCAGUUACAGCCAAGGGCAAGGGUACAUCUUCACCAUCCGCAGGCAGCUCUGCCUGGAAAUGGUUCAAGAAUCCCUCCAUUUCAAAUGCUCUAGCUUCUGUCGCUGCCAAGAUUACUACAGGAGGAGGACCUUCAUCCAAGACAAAUCUAGAUGAAGAGAAGACAGUCUCAGAUGGGGAGAAGAAAGAGGGUGAAGCCAAGGACAAUAGGGAAAUAGAGAAGCAGAAUACUGAUGCUGGUCGACAGAAUAACAAUGAGAGUAAAGGAUCGUCAGGGUAUAUUGAAGUGCCAGCCGAUAUGUCUCUUCCAGCUGUUGUCAGGGAUCAUAGCAGCCCAGUAGAGAGGCUGGGGAUCUGUGAAACUUCAGAUCUCUUUAUUCUAGAAGAGGGGACCAGUUAUAGCUGUGUUAGUGCCGACACAUUGUCUCAGAUAAACCUGGUCAAACAUGAAAUGGCUAAUGAUCACGAUAGCAAGAAGAACCUGUUAAAGCUGCAAAGGGAGACACUAGAGCUAUCUAAGGGAUUGUGUCAGUAUGGGGGUGAGUUGUUCAGCUUGGACAGAGGCAUUACAAAUGAAAAUUAUAGAGAUUAUGAUGCUUCUGAGAGUGGUCCAAAUAGGGGGGAUGGUGUGAUUAAGACGAGUGGCCCGGUAGUUGGAAAAUGUGAAGCUCAGCAGAGAGAUGGUAUGCUGGGAAAUGGGGAUGCCAGCAGGGGUUGUGGACAGAAAGUCAGCCUUGAGAGGGAUCUUGCUGGCGGUGAUGGUAACUCAGGAAAAUAUAUUGUAGAUUGUUUUACUGGAGAAACAGAAGCCAAGGGAGAUCAUUCUGAAAGUUCUGGGAUGAGUCAGCUGAAAACAAUGGGAAAGGAGGCUUUUACACUUGCAGCAGAAAAUAAGACACUGGGACUGCCACAGGGCAAACAUCAAGUUUCAGGUUUGACUGAAUCAAAGUCUCAGGGGCAGACACAAGGCAGAGAUCAGGUUUUAGGCUCAACAGAAGCCAAGCCUGAUGCCAAAGGUCAGCUUUCAGGUCUAAUUAAAGCCACAUCUCAGGUGCAGACACAAGGCAGUGAAUCGGUUUUAGAUUUACCUGAAGUUAAGCCUAAAACUGGUGGCGGUGGGCAGAGUCCGAAGCCUGCUGUGAAAUCUCAAGUUCAGCCUCAGAAAAAGUCACCUAGAUCUGGCUUUAGUUUAUUGUCCUUCUUUGACAGAAUACUUCUACCUCACGAUAAGAACAAGCACACGGGAGAGAAGGCUGCUAACAAGAACAGUGAUGAUGCAGAAGAGAAAAUUGACGAUAGUGAAAGAGUUGCCAGUGAAAGCAACGGUGAUACCAAAGUAGUUAUUACAGGUGAAACAGAGCUUUCACCCUCUGUUCCACACAGCCUGUCAGCCUCUCCAAAACCUGAUCUUGUCACAGAUCAGCCUGAGUCAGUCAUGGACAGUUCAGAGGUUGUACCUCAAGUUCCUGACAACUCAGAUCUGAACAAGAAAAACGAGGAGGAGGGGGAGGAGCCAACCAGUAGAAUCGCAUCUGUUUUCUUGAAAUCAAAGGCACAGAAUCUGGACACAGAACAGAUUAUUCAGGAAGAGAAGGUAAUCACUUGUAAGAUCAUAACCACAGCCGGGGCUGUGAGAAACACAAGUGCUGAACUCUUUCCUAAAUCAAGGCCAGCCUCCGCAUUUGUGGAUCGAGAAAUUGACCGUUCUGAUGCUGGAGAAAGCCAGACUGGCGCCAGACCUAAAUCUAUGUAUGAUAUUCCCAGCUGCGACUUCCUUUCUGGACAGAGCGAGGAUAGUAGCACCAGCCAUGUCCUAAAUAAGGACUCUGUGGAUGAUGUACUGAGCUAUGUUCAUUCAAGUUUCUGUCACAAAAAUGUAGAUUUAAAUAACGCAGACACAUUAAUUUUUUACAUUUUUUCCUCUCGUGCAUCUCUUGAGGAUAAAUAUGUAAGUUGUUUCUUUGCAAAGUUAUUUUGCUGA